CUUUUAGGGGCUUCUCUGCUCCCUCGCGCCGCACCCAUACAUGCUGCUUGUUCCUGAGUAUCCUAUCUGGAAAAGGGCAUCAUAAACCUGAAUACUGAAUAAUUUGAAAACUAUCCACAUACUGAUGUCUUCAGAGUUAUUUGCAGGUUGAGAUACUGUUCAUGUUACCAUUCAGCAAGGAAGAAGCAAGUUGGAUUGAAAAUGGAUGUGAAGGCUCUAAAUCAUUUGCUUCAGAAUUGCGAAGCUUUGGAAAGAGAUAUCAAGACUUCUUAUAUAAUGGAUCAUAUGAUUGGGGAUGAAGCAUUAACAUUACAGGAAGAGGAGAAAGUGAAAGCCCAGACUACACAAAGAGAGAGGGCAGCUAUGCUAGUAAAAAUAAUUCUUGCCAAAGAUAAUCAUGCAUACAUAUCCUUUUACAAUGCAUUGCUUCAUGAGGGCUACAAAGAUCUUGCUGCUCUUCUUCAGGAUGGUAUCCCCAUUAUUUCUCCUUACAAUGGGAAAAAAACUAUGGAUGGAGUAACCUCAUAUGUUAAGACUGUCCUCUGUGAAGGUGGAGUUCCACAGCGACCAGUAGUGUUUGUCACUCGUCAAGAACUAACAGAAAAAAUACAACAGAAACUAUAUAAGUUAAAAAGUGAUCCAGGAUGGGUUGUUGUUUAUGGGAUGGCAGGCUGUGGAAAGUCUGUUUUGGCAGCAGAAGCCCUACGUGAUAACAGUCUUUUGAAAGCUUGUUUCCCAGGAGGAGUGCAUUGGGUUUCUGUUGGCAAACAAGACAAGGCAGGACUGUUAAUGAAACUCCAAAAUCUUUGUCUGAGAUUAGACCAGGACUUCACUUAUUCACAGAGGCCACCACUUAAUAUUGAGGAAGCUAAAGAUCGCCUUCGUUUGUUGCUUUUGCGCAAAUACCCAAGGUCUCUCUUGGUGCUCGAUGACAUUUGGGAUUCCUGGCUAUUAAAAGCCUUUGAUAGUAAUUUCCAGGUUCUUAUCACCAGUAGGGACAGGAGUGUAACAGACUCUGUAACUGGCAGUAAAUAUGAAGUUCCUGUGGAAAGUGGUCUAACGCAUGAAAAAGCACUUGAAAUAUUAUCCCUAUUUGUUAAUAUGGAAAUAACAAAGCUGCCAGAAAAAGCUGACAGUAUUGUGAGAGAAUGCAAAGGUUCUCCUCUUGUGGUGUCUUUGAUAGGAGCAUUAUUACGAGACUUUCCCAAUCGCUGGGAAUACUACCUUAAACAACUUCAAAAUAAACAGUUUAAAAGAAUAAGGAAAUCGUCUUCUUAUGAUUACGAUGCACUUGAUGAAGCAAUGUCCAUAAGUGUCGAAAUGUUGUCAGAAGAUUUUAAAGAUUAUUACAGAGAUCUUUCUGUCCUUCAAAAGGAUGUUAAAGUGCCUUCAAAGGUAUUCUGUAUUCUUUGGGAUAUGGAGACUGAAGAAGUUGAAGACAUACUGCAAGAAUUUGUUAACAAAUCUCUUCUGUUUUGUGAUCGGAAUGGGAAAUCAUUCCAUUAUUAUUUGCAUGAUCUUCAGCUUGAUUUUCUUACUGAGAAGAAUCGAUGUCAGCUUCAAGUGCUACAUAAAAACGUAGUUCAUCAGUACAAGAAAUAUUACAAACAGUAUAUACCGUCUCCGUCAGAAGAGGACUGCAUGUACUGGUAUAACUUUCUGGCUUACCAUAUGGCUAGUGCCAAUAUGCAAAGUGAACUCUGUGCUCUUAUGUUUUCACUAGACUGGAUUAAAAGCAAAACAGAAUUGGUAGGGCCUGCUCAUUUGAUUCAUGAAUAUGUUGAAUAUAGAGAAAUAUUGGAUCAAAAGGAUUCCAUCGCAUGUGAAAACUUCCAGGAAUUUCUAUCUUUAAAUGGACACCUCCUUGGACGACAGCCGUUUGUAGACAUUGUACAGCUGGGACUCUGUCAACCAGAAAGCUCUGAAGUAUAUCGACAAGCCAAACUACAAGCUCAGCGAGAACUUGAUAAAGGAUCCUUUUAUGUGGAAUGGAUGAAUAAAAAAUCCAUGAAGAACAUGUACCGUUUGGUUGUGAGUCCACAUACAGAUGCCGUUUACCAUGCUUGUUUUUCCCGGGAUAGGCAAAGAAUAGCUUCAUGUGGAGCUGAUAAAACAUUGCAGGUAUUUAAAGCUGAAAGUGGAGAAAAGCUUCUGGAAGUAAAAGCUCAUGAUGAUGAAGUACUCUGUUGUGCUUUUUCAGCAGAUGACAAAUUUGUUGCCACUUGUUCUGUGGAUAAAAAAGUAAAAGUCUGGAAUUCAAGAACAGGUCAGCUUGUGUAUUUAUUUGAAGAACAUGCAGAACAGGUCAACUGCUGCCAGUUUAACAACACAGAUCAUCAACCAUUUCUACUAGCUACAUGUUCAAAUGACACUUUUAUUAAACUCUGGGAUUUGAACAAAAAUUACUGUCGCAAUACGUUCUUUGGCCACGAAAGUUCUGUUACCCACUGCAGAUUUUCACCAGAUGACAAGUAUAUGGCUAGUUGCUCAGCAGAUGGAACAGUAAAGCUCUGGUAUGUGCAUUCAGCAAACGAAUUGAAAACUAUUGACAUAGGAGACUUCUUCAGAAAUGUGGAUGAAUACCAGGAUGAUGUGGAAGUGUUAGUGAAGUGUUGUUCCUGGUCAUCUAAUGGCAGUACAGUAAUGGCGGCAGCCAAAAAUAAGCUUUUUCUUUUUGAUGUGAAGUCCAGUGAUUUGUUGGCAGAGGUCCUUAUAAGCCACCACAGUACUAUUCAGUACUGUGACUUUUGUCCCAACAGUAAGAUGGUAGCAGUUGCGCUAUCACAUUAUUCUGUUGAGAUAUGGGAUAUUGAAUCACUUUCCAAAAUUGCUGACUGCCGAGGACAUAUGAGCUGGGUACAUUCUGUGACAUUUUCACCUGAUGGAGCUUUAUUUCUCACUUCUUCUGAUGACCAGACAAUAAGGAUUUGGGAGACAAGUAAGGUGUGCCAAUCCUCUGCUGUUGUAUUGAAACGAGAAAUAGAUGUUUUGUUUCCAGGCAAUGAAGUGAUCAUUUUAGCCAUUGACAAUCUGAAGCAUCUGCAGCUAAUUAAAGGAUACACAGGCUAUAUUGAUUAUCGGACUGAAGAACAGGAGCAUUUCAUUAGCUGCUGUUGCCUAAAUGAAGACCUUCAGGUUGCUGCCUUUGGAGAAGAGAACGGAACAGUAAAGAUAUUAAAUCUCUCAAGUGGGAAAGUUUUAAAAUCCAGAAGUGGACACAGGAAAGCUGUACAGCAUUGCCAGUUUGAUUCUGCUGGAAAAACACUAAUCUCAAGCUCUGAUGACUCAACUAUACAGGUAUGGAAUUGGCAAUCAGAGGAAUGUAUUGUUCUGAAAGGUCACAAGGAACCCGUCAAGAAUUUUUACCUUCUAAAACACUCAAGCCUUCUUUCAUGGUCAUUUGAUGGAACAGUUAAGCUCUGGAACACAGUUACUGGAGAAAUGGAAAGAGAUCUUAUUUGCCAUGAAGAUGCUAUACUUUCUUGUGCUGUUUCACCUGAUGCCACCAUGUUUGCCACUACCUCUGCUGACAAGACUGCCAAGAUAUGGAGAUUUGAACAUUCAUCUGUUCUUCAUAAGCUGAAUGGUCAUGAAGGCUGUGUGAGAUGCUGUGCUUUCUCCCUUAAUAAUGAAUUGUUGACCACAGGAGAUGACAAUGGAGACAUACGGGUUUGGGAUAUCGCAAGAGGUGAGCUGCUUCACCUCUAUUCCCGUGCUUCAAUAGGUGAAGGUGAAUCUGCGCAUGGAGGUUGGGUAACAGACCUUUGCUUUUCCUCUGACAGUAAAAUACUUGUUUCUUCUGGUGGAUACAUUAAGUGGUGGAAUGUGGAUACUGGUCAGCCUCUACAAACAUUCUACACAAAUGGAACAAAUCUUAAAUCAUUGCACGUGUCCCCAGAUUUUAAAGUAUGUGUGACUGUUGAUAACCUUGGCAUUCUUUAUGUGCUACGGAUUAUGGAAUGAAUCUGGUUAAACCUGAUUGUGACACCUUUUGUAACAGUAGCGUUUUGAGCCAGAAGCAGAUUCUCCCAAAUCCUGUUUAACGUUCAUGAAACUGUGAAGCGUUUUAUAUUCUGGCAUGCAUUACAUAUAGGGUACGUUUUUUAAAAAAUCUGAAUCUGCACACUUUUUUUCAUUUUUGUUUGAUUGGCAGUAUUGAGUUUGAUUUGCAUUUUGUAAGUAGUUUUUCUCAUGGUUAGUUAUACUGAGAACAUUUAUAUGAAGUAGUAUGCUAAUAAUCACCGAAAGGAGUAUGAAUGAUCUUUGAAAGGAGUACGAUAUGCUGAAAUGCUGGCGUUGAACUAAUAACAAAUGUUUCUGAGCCAUAGAGGUACAGCUCUAUAAAAUACCAUGAACCGCUAUUGUACUUAUGCGCAAGUUUUCUCCUGAGGCAUAGGGUAUCUUAAAAAAAACCCCACUAGUUUGCUGUUUUAUAUGAAUGGUAUACAAUGUGAAUAAUUAAAACAUUAAAUGAAUGUAGCAUUAAAUGGAAUACUAUUGUAUUUACUAGAAGAAGAGAUUUGUGCUUCUCUGACACAAGGACAGGAUUCACAUGAUUGUGGGAGUAAAAGAAGCCAUUGUGGAUUCUCCCCCGCACAUGCAACACGUACACCCAUUGUUACAUAAUUACCCAUGCUGCUGCAUGUUGGCCAAAUCCAUUUGCAUAUCGUGGAUUGUAGGGUGGCUAUGAAGCCACCCCUGUCAGGCAGGGUCUGGACAACACGGCAACCCACUCUGCAGCAUGGGUAAUUAUGUGAACAAUGGACAAGGUGGAGAGGGAUAAGCCAUGAUGGCUUCUUUUACCUCCAUGAUCAUGCGAAACUGGCCAUAUGAACUUAGCACUGUUUUUCUGUAUUGCCCUUCUCAUAAAGCAGGCUGCAAAUCUCUGAAAUCAAAUUUUCCAUAAAUUCAUUGGAGACUGACUUAUGUACUCCUUUUUGGAUCAAACUAAAUGUCAGUGAUUGCCAGCUCUGCGGAAAAUCUGAACGAAGUAAAUUACACCUUCCUAAAAACAUAAGUUUUCAUUUUUAAUGGUAAAUUUUUGAGUAUAUAUGAUUUUUGCAAAUAAAAAACUUCUGAUAGUGUAAUCUUUUUUUUAAAUGCACCUUUAUCAGAGAUUUUUCUAGACUGUAUUUUGUCAACCUUGAGACUUCAAAUAUUUAAUAGAAAAUCAUAAAAUAAAGUUAUUCUUGUUGAGUUGUAAUUUCUAGGCAAUGUGUGUGGCACCCUAUUGGGCUGAAUUCUAGUCAGAUUCUGCCAUCAUCGUAACGUCAUUGGAGCCAGUCUGGUGAAGUCAGAAGGGCCAAGUUACAAGAGUCCCAUACUAGUGCUUUUGGAGUUUGUGAGUACACACACUACAUCUGGGAUUUUGACAAUUAAUGUCAAUGGAAUUUCUGAGCAAGUUGAAGAUUUGUAAACUUUGUGCUUGUAAAGUAGUAAUUGUAAUUCAGAAAUACAAAAGUAAUUUCUAGUAAUAAUUCUACCAACAGAUUUGAGUAACACUUGUUUCAAAGUAGUGCAGAGUAACCCCUUUGGAUGGCCAUCCAGGAGGGGUUAGGCAGUGGAGAGGGUUCCCCUCCAUCUUCCACCAGCAGGGGACGUCUGCACUGGAGGUCCCAUUUAUUCUAGUGGAAAGUUCCAUGGGCAUAAAUAUAUCAUCAGUAGUAGUGCCCAAAAUGGAGUGAAUCUGGCGUUCCAUACACUGGAUCCAAAGCCCAUCCAUUUUUCCAAUAGGAGCCUGGUGUAGUCUUGGGCUGGCAAAACUGGUGUGGUCAUGGGCUGGCAAAUUAAAAAACUAACUAACUAAAAAGCCACCCAUUCCACUUGACACAAGCCAACAGGGCUUUGGAAGUAGAGAUUGAUCUGCCACUUCCAUCCCAGGCCACUUAAGAUUGGUCUGUUAGCUUUCUGAAGAGCCAUUUCAGUACUUUAUAUGUUAUGUAUUUCAGAUUAAAUUUAACCAUUUCCUUUCUGUAUUUGCCAAAGUUCAUCUCAGCAGUUAAAAAUACAAUAUUCUAGAUGUCUAGGACAGCUUUCACCAAUCUGCUACCCUCCAGAUGUUUUGGAGUACAACUCCCAGCAUUCCUAACCACAGGCCAUGGCAGUUGGGGCUGAUGGGAAUUCAAGUCCAAAACAUCUGGACAGCAUUAAGUUGAAGACUGAUGUAGGAUAAUCUUAAAUUGUAUUAAUUAUAAAAUAUGCCAUAACACACAUGUUAAACUUUGCCUUUGGGUCCAUUUGUUUUUUCUAGAAUAGAUACACUAGAACAACACGUUUUAACUAACAAUAUCCUUUGGAUUUUUUAAAAAAGAAUUAAUUGAGGUUUCAGUAGCUACAGAAACUGUUUUCAGGGGAUGUUCUUCAAAUUAGAUUAUCUAAAAAAAAUUCUGCUGGUGCUAUCUAUUGCAACUGAAGAUAAAGAAAGCUAGAUAAUUAAACUGGGGAUCGUUGGUCUAUUACAUUUGGAGGGAGAAAUUGUUUCCAGUUUAUCUGGCAUUACAAAAGAUAGGAGUACUAAUAGCAUCUCAAAAGUUUUGCUUUUGGCUACACUGUGCUGCUUUUGUGUUAAUUGGAAUAUAUCUGUGCAUCAAGGGAAAUUGCUGAAUUUGCUGAGCAUGCUGAAUUUUUUAAACGUUACUAAAACUUUGCCUUAGCAAAGUUGCUGGGUUUAAUUAAACAAGUUGGUGCAUCUUUAAAUAAAUUAUUUUUAUACAA